UCUCUAGAGAUGGCUCUUUCCUGGUUCAAAAUUUCUCUUGCCAUGGCAAUGAUUCUUCCGCCAAUUGCCACAAGAGGAGAUGAUCCUUUGACUCCUAUUUUGAACGAUAUAUGUAAAGAAGUGGAGUGUGGGAAAGGAACUUGCCAAGCAUCUCUAGGCUACCCAUUCAACUUCAAAUGCAUUUGCGACAAUGGUUGGAAGCGAACACGUUUAGAUAAUGAAGAAACUUUAGAGUUUCUACCUUGUGUAAUUCCAAAUUGCUCUCUUGACUAUUCUUGCAUGCCAGCUCCAGCUCCUCUCCAUCAAUUCCAUACAAUAAAUCUUUCUUCGACCCCUGCUACUGGAUUUACUGCGGUGGAGGAACAUGCAUAAAGGAUGCAACAUAUACACACAAAUGUCAGUGCAAUAGUGGUUACUCUAAUCUCAACGACAUCUCAGUUUUUCCAUGCUUUAAUCAAUGUGCCGUUGGGUCUGAUUGUUCAAGGCUGGGAGUUAAGCUUUCAUCAUCAACUUCAUCUCGAAAUAAUGAUGACAGCGCCCUG